AUGUCGUCGCUACGUCGCGCCGAACCGCGACCAUCUCUACAACGCUUGGCACCGGUAUUGGAGGAGGACGGCGACGAGGAUGAGGAGUCCGGAGACGAUCGGAACAGUUUCGAGGAGAACGACUGCGAUAUGUUACAGACACGAUCACGUCGCAUGUUGGAUGGAGUUCAGAGUCGACAUUUACUAUCCACAUCGUACGCAAACACGACAAUCGUUGCGAUGCCUGGACCAUCGUCGACGUCGACGUCACGCGGCGUCACCGGACGCCGUCGUGCGUCCGCUUUUGUGCGACGUGUUUCGAUGGCGAUUCCGACGCUCACUGCCGAUCCGGUCCCGUUUUCAGCUGUAAGUAUCGUUUUGGAAUAG